UUUGUUUGUUUAAGUAGUUGUAAAAAAUAAGAUGGGUUUAGUUGUCCUUUUGGGCAUAUUAGCAUUAGGAUUCGGGGCAGUGACAUCGCAAAAUACAGAUGGAUUAUAUGAGCUGAAUAUAGUUCAUUUUAAUGAUUUUCAUGCACAUUUUGACGAAGUCAGCCCCGAAGGCACGGCGUGCAACCCAUCAGAGGCGCCGUGCGUCGGGGGCUUCGCGCGACUGUACACCGCCGUCCAGCAGUCCUUAGAGGCGGAGCCCGAAUCCAUUGUACUCAACGGAGGAGACACCUUCCAAGGCACUAUCUGGUACAACUUCCUGAGGUGGAACGUCAGCCAACACUUCAUGAAUUUGCUGCCUCAUGACGCCCAUGUACUAGGAAACCAUGAGUUCGAUCACGGCAUCGAAGGCUUGCUGCCUUACCUGGAGAGACUGAACGCUCCUAUGCUGGGCGCUAACGUAAACUCUACCUUCGAACCUGAGAUAGGGCAGUACAUUAAGAACCACGUCAUAAUCACUCGCCAGGGAAGACGGAUCGGCAUCAUUGGAGUGCUGUUGAGAGUUUUUUCAGCUCCAAUCGGAGAUCUGAUCAUCGAAGAUGAGGUGACGGCCAUCAACAGGGAAGCGGCCAUUCUGACCGAGCAGGGCGUCGACAUAAUCAUUGUUCUCUCGCACGUUGGCUUCGACUCCGACUUGAACAUGGCCCAAAGGGUGUCUGCAGACGUAGACAUAAUCGUGGGAGCUCACUCUCACACGUUCCUGUACACCGGCGAGCCUCCGAGCACCCACACGCCUUUCAGCGACUACCCUACGGUCGUUACACGCACUGACGGGCAUAGGAUUCCCGUGGUGCAAGCGUCUUGUUACACGCGGUACUUGGGCAACAUCAAGCUAUUCAUCGACGACAACGGCAUCGUGCAGGGCUGGGAAGGCCAGCCUAUUUUCCUGGGCACGUCCAUCAUUCAAGAUCCACAAAUGGUGCUAGAACUACAGCCGUGGAAGGAGAGCGUAGACGCGGUGGGCAAGGAAGUGCUGGGCGUGUCUCUGGUGACGCUCAACCGCUCGUGGUGCCGCGGCCGCGAGUGCAACAUGGGCAGCUGGGCCUGCGACGGCUUCCUGGAGGAGUUGAUGUCCAUGGCCACCGGCGACGAGUGGAACUACGCCCACGUGUGCCUGAUCAACUCCGGUGGCCUGAGAGUGCAGAUCGCGCCGGGAAAUGUAACAACAGAAGCCCUUCUGAUGGCGAUGCCGUUCGAGAACUACGUGCAGGUUUACGACCUGAAGGGCGAGUACCUGCUGGAAGCCCUGGAGUUCUCCGUCGCAGUGUCCGUGUCCAGCGGUAGCCUUGAUACUGGGAGAAUGCUGCAGAUUGGAGGGAUGCGCGUAGUAUACAACAUAUCGCAGCCGAUCGGCUCGCGAGUGGCGUCGGCUAGGAUCAGGUGCAUCGACUGCGACGUGCCCGAGUAUCUACUACUCGACGUCAACGCCACCUACCGCGUCGUAUCACAGGACUAUAUCGGCGAGGGAGGCAGCGGGUUCACGAUGUUGGCCGAGCACAGGGAGAAUCUAAUCCGCAUGCAAGUAGACUACGUGUUAAUGCAGGACCACAUGCGGCGACAGGGCACCGUCGUGCAGGACCUCGACGGACGCAUACAGGUCGUCACGUGAACGACAAUAUUCCACGAUUAAACUAUGAUCUUAAGCAAUAUAAUACUAUCAAUACGAUCACUUAUCUUUUAAUUAUCUUCCCUUCCCCUGUAAACGACUACUGUGAGGGCCUUCAACACUUGAUGAAAAAAGUUUAUAAUGCAGUUCUUAUCUCUGCUGGUCUUGUAACUAAAACAUAAAAUAAGAACGCAGAUUAUUUUUAUUUUUACGCCGUUUAUUUCGUUCACAAUUCUGCAAUGGUCGCGCAUGCAUUAUUCUAGCAUUUUAUAACAAAGGCGCAUAGCAAUUUCAUUUUAUUCUAAUUUUUUUUUCUCGUUAUUAAAAUUCAUUUUGAAUCGAGCGACGACGAGUCCUGUGAAUAUCCGUAACUAUGCACCUUUGAGAUUAUAUUUACAACUUAUUUAUAACUUUAAACCCAAUAUUGAGUUCAGAAAUCAGAAUAGGUCGAGUUUGUUAAUGUCAUAAUAAUAUUGUAAGUAAAUUUUCUGUUUAUCAUUUUAUAGUCCUUACUAUUGCUAACGUCAAGAUGUUAUACUAUCAACAACCUAUUCCAAUAUACGAUCACGAUAAAAGAUUGAACAAUUAAAAUCAAAAUACUAUUUACAUAAA